UCAAAUCAGUUGUCUAGUCACAAUCGUCAGUUAUGCGUAUCUUUAUCGAAUUAUGAUAGUAAAUAAAUAGUUUUAUUGCAUUUUAUAUUGAAGAUAAUGAAAUCCGAUUUAAGUGAUACGUGACCGUUUUAAUGUACAGAGGCUUGAAUUUGAUGGGUUACCGGAUCAGCGGUUCAAAAUGCCUCACUGUGUGCUUAGGUCUUACUUUUCUUAUGGGCUGUUUUAUAGCGUCCCUUCCCAUCGUGCCUUCAGAAUCAGCUAACCUUCAGUUAUCGACAUCACAAAGUAAAAAGCUGGCUAUAAUCGUCCCAUUCAGAGACCGCUUCGAAGAAUUACUAGAAUUUGUCCCUCACAUGUAUAAGUUUCUAAACAAACAGAAGAUUCCGUUCCAUAUAUUUGUUGUCCAACAAAAAGACAACAACAGAUUUAACCGAGCAUCACUAAUUAAUGUUGGUUUUAUUUAUACAAGGAACAACUAUGAGUAUAUUGCGAUGCAUGAUGUAGAUUUGCUACCUUUGAACGAUAAACUGAGCUAUGGGUAUCCCAAAAAUGGACCAAUCCACAUCUCAUCACCGCAAACACACCCAAAAUAUCACUAUGAUACUUUCAUCGGUGGGAUUUUGUUGAUAAAGCGUGAAGAUUUCGAAUUAGUCAAUGGUUUAUCAAAUAAUUAUUGGGGUUGGGGUCUCGAAGAUGAUGAAUUCUAUGUAAGAUUGAAAGAUGCCGGACUGAAAGUAAGUCGUCCAGAAGGUAUAACCACAGGACCUGAAAACACUUUUAAGCACAUCCAUGACAAGUCUUAUCGCAAACGGGACAUGCGGAAAUGCUAUAACCAGCGUGAAGUAACUCGGAGACGUGAUCGGAGAACCGGUGUUCAUGAUGUGGCAUACAACUUACACGGCUCUCAUAACGUGUCCAUAGAUUCAUUGCCCAUAACGGUGAUUAAUGUGGAAUUGAUAUGCAACAAAGAUCUUACGCCAUGGUGCCAAUGUCCAGAACCUAAAGUAAAAAAGAACUAAUGAGUUUUUCUUACCUUAUUUAAAAAAUAUAUAUAAAUGUAAUAUGAAAGACAAAUACAUAGAUACUUCUUAGUAUACAUUAUUUAGAUUAUCAUAUGUUUAAUUUAUUUAUCUAUGGCAGCUUUCUGUUUCAAAGUACGCCAUACAUUUAUUGUAUUUCAGCUUCUUAGUGACAAUAUUGUAUUUUCAAUUAACUUAGUGAAUAUAUAAGUGCAGUUUAUAGGAAUAGGAAUUUGUUAUCUACACUUAAUAAAGAUUUAAAAAAAACUAUAAUAAUUCAAAAAAAUUUAUUUGUGAAGAAAUUUAUCUGUAAAGGUUUUCACUUACAGAAGUUAUAAUUUAAACCGCCCUAAUGGUUAAAUGUGUAUAAAUUACUAGUUCUAUUUCAAAAAAUAUUACUCUAAUCACAGUACACCUUGACGCUCGCUAUUUAUGGUGCAUUCAGCAUAUUUAUUGUGCCUAUUACAUAAUAAAAUUAACUAUCUAGUUGGUAAGUACAUCAUAAAAUUGGAACUACAUAUAAAAAUAUAUUAGUAUUAUAUCAUUAA